AUGUCCUCCACUCAAGACAACACAAGCGAACAGUCGCAGAGCCCCAACGCGGGUUCCGGCUCUGACGGCAACACCCCAGCAUCCACUACUGCUGCAUCCACCUCGUCGGCUUCCAAUGCCUCCAACGCCAACGCAGAUGAGAGCCUUGUCUGCCGAUGGAAUGCGUGCAACCAGCGUUUCAACACUGCUGAGACCCUCUACUGGAAUUCGUGCCGGACCACAACGGUCAAGCGCGACCACAUCACCUCUCACAUCCGUGUUCACGUUCCCCUCAAGCCACACAAGUGUGACUUCUGCGGAAAGUCCUUCAAGCGUCCUCAGGAUCUGAAGAAGCACGUCAAGACCCAUGCCGACGACAGCGUCCUGAUCAGGUCCCCCCAGGAUCAGCAUGGCGGCAUGAACGCGUCCUAUGGUCGUCCGGGAAAAGCUCCGUCCAGCUUCUAUGAUCACAACGGCCAUCAAAUGCGUACUAACUCCGCCGCCUUUGGUCAGCCACCCCCGCAUAGUUACUAUGCUCACGGGGCUCCUCAGGCCUAUGGCCCUCUUGGAUACUACGGACAGCCUAUGCCAAACCACCGUGCUGAGCCCCUUGGCUACGGUGCGGCAGCGUAUGACCGCAGGCGCGGCUACGAUGAUCUCAAUGAUUUCUUUGGACACGCCAAGCGGAGGAGCCUUGACCCAGCCAACUAUGCCCACGUCGGAAGGUCGCUGAUGCCUCUCCACGGAGCCCUGUCUGUUCACACUGGCGGACUCGGUACCCAGUACAUGACUGCUGCACCCGCUCUUCCGGCCAUUGGUGGUGGCCACUCCGCACACAGCGCCAUGGACCAGCACUACUACCUGCCACCCAUGCCCAACCUGCGCACCAAGGGUGACCUCGAGCAGAUCGACCAGAUCCUGGAGCAGAUGCAGAGCACCGUGUACGAGAACAGCGGCUCUCCCCCCAGCAGCCACUACCCAUCCUCGUUCGACCUGCGCCACCAGUCCCCUGUCGCCAGGCCACAACCAGGUAGCGACCACUACGCGGUCUCUGCCGCGCAGCAAAUGCCCUCGCCCCUGAGUGCCGUGUCCUCCACGACCGGAAACACACCAGCCCACACUCCCCCAUCGAGCUCCCUCUCGUACACAUCAGGCCACUCCCCAGUAUCCUCCUCUGGCAUGUCUCCUGGUGCUCGUCACGGCUCUUCUGCUUCUGUUGCAUACCCUUCAUUACCAGCCACCACCUCCUUCGGUUCUUCAACCAUCAGCACUCUUGGUUCAACCUUUGGCGGCAACGACCAGCGCAGAUUGUCCGGUGGCAUGCUCCAGCGCGCCAGCGGCUCUCGCCGUGCGUCAGAUGACUCGGACGUCGCUACCACGCCCAAGGCCGAGGCCAUGUCUCCCGCCUCGACGUCAGACGACAGUGAUAUCAACGGCGAGCCUGAGCCAUACGAGAGCUGGCUGCAGAACGUCCGUGUCAUCGAGUUCCUCCGUGAGGCCAUCCGUGACCGGCUUAAGCACGGACAGUACUCUGACAGCGAGGAUGGCGAUGACGACAUGAUCGAUCCUUCCCUGCAGGAGGCUGACAAGGCCCCUGAGAAGUCUCUGUACCCUACCCUGCCUAUGGACGUUGACGAGUGA